AACGAGCAGACACCUGGAUGUAUCAGGCAGCUGCUAGCCAUCUGUUUAUGAUUAUGAGAGUGAGAAUGUUCAGCCGACCACUUGUCAGAGGUGCUAAAUAUCAUAAUUUGUCGUUUUAUUUGAUCUGCUCAGUCAAUGUAACCAUCCAGAAUUGAAAGGACGGUGAAUUGUUUUGUCAGCUAGCCACGACAGCCACUGUCCUCCAUGGAGUCCCCACACUUUUCCUGGUGCACCUGUGCAGGACUACAAACAGGGAAGUGCGGUGAAGGGCCGAUGCCGGGCUCUAGCCCCAGGCUGCUAAGCUGAGAGGGAGAAGCAGCAGCGGCAGGAGGAUGCAGUGGGUCGCUCUGGCAGUGGCCCUGGGGUGCGUGCGUCUGUCCCGGACGUCGCAAGGCCCCACCCCCACCCCCACCUCCACACACACGCCUCUGGUGGACAACUCCGAGGAGGAAGUGGAUGAGCCGUGCUUCGAACCGUGCACAUGCGAGGUCAAAGAAGGUGUCCUGCACGUGCAUUGCGAUGGGCGGGGCUUCACUAAUGGUAGCCAGGUGUCACAUUCGUGGGUCCGCCCUUUCAAACUCAACCUCCAGAGGAACUCUCUGAGGCGUCUCUAUAGCAACGGAUUCCAGCACCUUGGCAACGCAGUGUCGAUAAACCUUGGCAACAAUGCACUCCAGGACAUCCGAGUGGGAGCUUUCAACGGGCUGGCCAAACUGAGACGACUGUAUCUGCACGAGAACAAGCUGGAGGUCUUCAGAAAUGACACCUUCGCCGGCUUAGAGGCUCUGGAAUACCUCCAGGCUGACUACAAUGUAAUCAAACGAAUCGACAGCGGCGCUCUGAGGUUCCUCUUCAAGCUCCGGGUUCUGAUCCUCAACGACAACCUCAUCCCAGUCCUGCCAGCUCAUCUGUUCAGAUCUGUGUCUCUGACUCAUUUGGACCUGCGGGGAAACCGUCUGAAGAGCCUGGCAUAUGCUGGGACGCUAGAGUACAUCGGCCGCUCCCUGAUGGAGCUGCAGCUGGAGGAGAAUCCUUGGAACUGCGGCUGCGAGGCAGUGCAGCUGCAGCAGUGGCUUGGGCAGAUACCCUAUACUGCUGUCGUUGGGGACGUCACAUGUGAGUAUCCCUUCCACCUUCAUGGUAAGGACCUGAGGGAAAUCCCCCGAAAGGAGCUGUGUGCAGACCUCCCAGAUAAGGAGCUACAAGGGGAGGGAGGCAGCUCUCCAGCGGGGUCACAGCCCCAACAUUUUCCACCAAACUCUAAGCCCAACUCUCACCCAGGGCGAGUCAGGCCGACUAAACCGUCCUCCAUGGUUCACGGCUCCCGCCAGAACACUCACACCUCUUCCACUUCCUCAUCUUCCUCCUCAGCCGAGCGUAAAGACAGAGAGAGGCAUCCGAGGCCGACUAAAAGACCUCGGCCUUCGAGAGUAUCCCCCACACCUCGCAACCAGAAUCCCCCUGUGGCUGGCUAUCAAACCCGACCCCCCAUCCCCAUCAUUUGUCCGCUGGGCUGCACCUGCAACCUGCACAUAACAGACCUAGGCCUCACUGUCAACUGCAAGGAGAGUGGCUUCCUUAACGUGUCCCAGCUCACGCCUCGGCCCCUCAAUGGCCGCAAGCUCUAUCUGAGUGGGAACUUAAUCCAGAGGAUCUACCGCACAGACUUCUGGAAUUUCUCCAGCCUGGACCUGCUCCACUUAGGGAACAAUCGGAUCUCCUACCUCCAGGAGGGGGCCUUCUCCAGCCUGAGCAGCCUGCGGAGCCUCUACCUGAACGGGAACAACCUGGAGAGGCUCAGCCCGCACAUGUUCCUGGGGCUGCAGAAUCUGAGGUACCUUUAUUUUGAAUACAACGAGAUCCGCGAGGUCGAUCCGGGAACCUUUGACUCCAUGCCGUCCCUUCAGUUGCUGUUCCUCAACGCCAACCUCCUGCGGAGCCUCCCACUUGGCGUGUUCUCUGGAGUUAAUCUGGCUCGCCUCAAUCUGAGAAACAAUCACCUCCUGCAGCUCCCCUCAGUGGGCGUGUUGGAACACCUUACUGGACUAGUGCAGGUGGACUUGCAGCAGAACCCAUGGGAGUGCAACUGUGAAGCGGCGCCACUCAAGCGUUGGCUGGAGGGGCUCAGUGCCGUGGUGGUGGUGGGAGAAGUGGUCUGUCACUCCCCGGAAAAGACCAAAGGCGUCGACUUGCGCUCCCUCUCCAUGGAGCUGCUGUGCCCCGAGUUGGAGCCGCAGGAAGACCAGGAGCAGGACGAGCAGCAGACGGCAACCUCCACUGCCCCAGACGGGGGCGUAUCAGUCAGCUACCCCGGCUCAGGCCCCGGCCCAAUCCCUCCUGGGAAGGAUUCGAUCCCUCUGUCAGUGCUGGUGCUCAGCUUGCUGGUUCUGUUUGUGUCUGCGUUCUUUGCGGCGGCGGCACUAAUCGCCUACGCCCUCAGGAGGAGGGACAAGCUGCCUUUCCGCCGCCAGGGAGAGGUGGACUUGGCAGGGAUCCAGAUGGAGUGUGGGAUUUUCACCGAGCAGACGCACCACCACCAUCACCAUCACCAUCAUGGCCUCCCAGAGACACCGCCUCUACCUGCGCCUGAACACAACCACGUCUAUGACACAAUCUUGCCCCCUGAGGCUGCGCUUAAAGGUCAAACGCCAACCACAGCCUCGCACAUGUGUAGCAACCCCAUCUAUAAGGAGGAGCAGGACGCAGCAGUGAAGCAGCGAACGCAGACAAGCGGGGAGGGAGGUUACAGCUCUGCAGCAGAGAAGGAGAGGGAGUGGACCUUGGAGGUGUCUUCAUCGCCCAUCAACACCAUCACUGGAGCUAUGGGACCGCUCGCCGGCCUCCACGGGAACGGCAUCCUCUGCCCUACUGUCAUUGACAGUCAAGGCCCCACCCCUAAAGUGGAACUGGUGGACUGCCUCUUCAGACUUCCCACCCCUGAGUUUAGAGACCUGCCAGACAGGUAUGCUAGACCGCCACCCUGCUACCCCCACCCACAAGACUCCAAACAAGACGCCAGACCCGACCAAACGCUUGUGGUCACCACUGCCAGUUCCCCAGCAGGCGGUGGAAACAGUAGCCAGAGCGAGCAGGGAGCAGGAGAGCAGAGACUGAGGACCACUCCGGACUACAUGGAAGUGCUGGACCGCUCUUACCAGUUUUAACAAUCCUCUUCCUCCUCCUCCACCUUGUCCUCCUCUUCCUGCUGCUCCUCCUCUCUUGUCUCCUCAUCAUCUCCUUCUCUGGCGAUGAAUCAUCUGCUAACAAUGACUCCUGUACAGAGGCUGGCGUGGCUUUGAGGAGCCUGUGGGGGAGCAGGACUACGCCACACACCAUGUUUAUUCUUGGAUAACAAGCUGAGGUCAGUUUUUUUGUAUUUCCCCCACAACAGGUCGGUGUUCGGCGAGGAUUAGCUGAUCCCAGAAAUCUGCCUGGAGGCAAAACUUCAGCAGCAGCUACUAUAGAAAUGUUCCCUCCAUUACGCCUCACAAUCAUAAAAAAAGCACUGAGGCGCUGUCUUUUUUUCUACUCAGCUCCACAUUGAGCAGGAGACAUCAUGGUAAUGGUAACGGUGGGCAUUAAUGUCCGUAUUAUCACUGGUAGGACCUACGCAGAGGGGAAAUGCAGCAGCCCCUCUGCAGCAUCAAACGCAGAGCCGUAAAUGUGUCAGGAGUGUGGACACGUCAGACGGAGAAACAAAGCAAGAGGGGAGGGAAGUGACCGGAAAAAGCCAAGUGCCUUAGCAAUGAACAGCCAGCAGCGUGGUCAAUGCUUAUUUUUCUAUGAAUACAGAUCUAUUUAUCUAAACAAAGAGGUUUGACUACCACCGGAUGGGACGCUGAUGGACGACAGAGACUGAAAGCAAUCAAAGCCGCCUGAUAAUUGCAUUCCCUGGAUGAGCCAAAAAUAAUAAUAUACACAGUCAAUAUUGGAGUUGUUUGUUUGCAGUUCAGUUCAUUUUCAUCCCAUUCACUCAACAUAAUUUUACCUAUCCAGUUGAUUCUUUUACAGGGCUAGAUGAAAGACAUAUUCAGGAGUGACAGUGGAUCGCAGAGGAAUCGAUUCAUUUGUUUUUCUUAGACUUACUAAAGGAAGGCCGACAUACGGAUGGACAUUGUGGCAAUGGAUGCAUUUUGAAUUUUAUUAAUCAGUCAGACUAAAUGGGGCCAGGAGGACCUCUGCUCCCCGUUUUUCUUUCCUGGGACAAAGGCACUGCGGUUAUUGUAUUGAUUUUUGAGUAUUUCUCAAAGGAAAAUUGAAUGGCAGAGGAUAAAGAAAUGGACUACAAAAACUAGGCUUUUUUUCCAAAAAAAAAGAAAAAAAAAGGACUGACUCUUCUAUCAACUAUCGAUUAUUAUCUUUUACGGAGGUACCUUUUUAUGCUUUCAUCUCCUACCAAUAGUAGAGGCAGUUGUGAAUAUAUUUAUUCUUAGUUUUUGCGUGUUGAAGCUCUCCUGUAAGGGAUCAUGUUAUAUUACUGUAUAGGAUGAUUCUGCAUCUGGUUCAGACUUCUUACC